ACUGACACAUUGUAUAACCACUGAGGAUACACGCCUUUGUGAGUACACAUAUAAACUGAGCCGAGUGCCAAAGUUUGUUUCAGCCGUCCAGGCUGGCAGCAGCAUUUCACACUGUGACAGAGCCUGUGUGUGAGAGAGAGAAGAAGAAUGGAGAAGUCCAGGAAACCAUUUGUUGAUGUCGUAGAUAAGAUGAUAGCAGCUGGCAACUCCAUGCAUCGUGAUGAGCUGCUUUUUUCUUACAAGGGAAUUCUCUACCCGACCGCUGUUUACAGUCCCGAAGUAUUCAAAGCCUUGGAGUCCUUUGAAGCCAGAAUGGAUGAUGUAAUUUUGGCAGGAUACCCUAAAUCCGGCACCAACUGGCUGAGUCAAAUCUUAACUGACCUGAUAGCCAUAUCCCAAAAGAAAACACCGGGUGGGGAAAGCAGUGCAAAUGCUGAAGAAGAAUUCCCCUACCUCGAAGUUGGAGAUGCUGGGAAAUAUGAGCGAAUGACCAAAUUACCAUCUCCAAGAUUUAUGGUUACUAAUCUUCGUCCUGAAAAUCUUCCCAAGUCCAUCUUACAAAACAAAGUCAAGAUAUUGUUACUGAUUCGUAAUCCAAAAGAUGUAGCUACAUCUUUUUACCAUUUUUCCAAGGGCGUGGGUACUGUUCCCUCCUAUGACAGCUGGGAUGAUUUCUUCACAGAUUUCAUGACAAAGAAAACGGCCUGGGGAUGCUACUUGGAAUAUCUUUCUGAAUGGAAUAAAUAUGUGGAUCAGGAAAAUAUUAUGACAGUAACUUAUGAAGAGGUGAAAGAGAAUCCUGCCCUGGCUGUGAAAAACAUAGCUACAUUCUUUGGAAUUCCUCUGACUGAGGAAGAGCUCCAGCUUGUGGUAGAGAGGAGCAGCUUCCAGUCUAUGAAGAAAAACUCAGACAAGACCCAUGGGUCAUUUGGGAAUGUUCUGUUUCGCAAAGGUUGUGUAAGUGACUGGAAGAAUCUUUUCAGUGAAGAUCAGAAUGAGAAAAUGGACAAAGCAUUCGAAGAACGUAUGGCAGGAACGAAACUCGGGAAAAAGCUGAAGUAUGAUGUGUACUGCAAAGCCUGAAGAGUAAUGAAGUGUGUUUAGAACAAGAACUUUGUAAGGCAGACUCCGAUCAUCUGAAUGCUAUAUGCUCUUGUCUCGGGUUAACACAGCUUAGUUUUAGUUAAAGAAGAAUACUGCUCUGUCAGGACCUAGAGAUUUUCUGUGGAAGGGACAGGCAGCUAUCAGAGACCAGUUUUAGAUACUGACAUAUGGUUUUACCACUGAGAAAGUUAAUGGCAACUUUUGGGAAUAACCAUAUAAAUUCCUGCUGGUGUCCAAGCCAGCCUUGUUUCCUUCUGUCCUGAGAGGAAGUAAGAAGGCAGUGCGGUUGCUUCCUUGCGGGGGAGGGCUGGCAUGGCCCAGCCUGUCCGAGCCAGGCCAGGGCUGCGGUGCCUACAGGGGAGGGAAAGUCUCAGCUGCUAACACCUAGCCAGCUUUAAAACUGCCAGCACUGCUGCUUGGGCUCGAGGGGAAAUGUCCUCCCCCAGCCCCAGGGAACAGCUCUGUGCUGGGCCCACCCCCGGGCUGGACACGGCCAUUGCUGUAGUCCUGGCGGAGGGGGGUGGGGGCCGAGCUGGGCCCUGGAUCCCGGCAGAGCUGGGGGGAGGAAGGGGAGGCCACAGCCACUGAACAGCCAGCAGACCCUUGCCAAAUGCAGGUGAUUCCUUUGUGUCCAAAUGGAGGGAAACACAUGAAUGCCACAAGCAUUUUUACAUAUUUUCUCUCUCACCGUGGGCAUUUUGGACUCCUGGACUUUUUUUACUAUUGACUAAUUUGCAGAAAAAGAGCAAGUUGAUCCUUGUCACAUUACCUUUGAGUUGAACCUUGUCACGUUACUCUAGAGCUGUACAUAAACAGAAGUGAUUUAUAUGUGUGAGGAUCCACUAAACACUGCAAGAGGUGUUAGUUGAACACUGAGAUUUGGCUCUCUGAAGCCAGUCCCUGAGGCACCAGUUCUCCCAGGCUGCAGAGGCCAGGACAGCUCAGUCUGGUGCAGUGAUGGUGGCAGGAGUGUGAUGCUCUGGUGGCUUGCUCUAUGACCCUUCUGCUGCCAGUUAUGGAAGCCUAGCUGGAAUUGUGAAUGAGGCCAAACUGUGUCAAUAGUGAAGAGACCGUAGACUGGAGCUGGUUGGGAAGAGGAAAGAGAGUGUUCCCAGGGACAGCACUGUGGAAGGAGAGCAGACAUAGCCAAGAGAUGACUCAGUUGGCCCAGUGCUGGGAGCCACACAGCUCUUGAGUAUUUUCCACAGGGAGUAGUGUGAGGUAACCAAAAACUCUUGAAGCUUACCUCGCUGCUGGUUCAGGCCAAGAAAGAUGUCCCACGAGCUUCGGUGGGCAGCUUUGAGCAGGGCCACCCUGAAUAAGACCAAAAAGUAAAGGAGAGAGGCAUCCACCAAUCUACCUGCUGAGAUCCUGGCCUCUUCCUGAGUCUUCUCUCUCCUCCCCCAGAUUCAGCAGGGUUUUAAAAUUCUACAGCUUUGCCGCCCAGCAGAGAUCCCAUAAUCAUCGCAGGCCCUGGGCAAAAAAAAUUAAAGUUUCUUAGCACAAAAUAAAACUUUCGGAGCUCUAACCCUUCCCCAAGAGUAACAAAAGGAACAAAGUGAUUAAACUAUAAAGAAACACAACACUAAGUCAGUGAAAAGAAAGUGAAAAGGCUUUUUAAAAAAAGAAAUUGAGGAGUUUGCCAUUUUAGGUCAGACUUGUCUUAUUAAUCCAUAGUAAUUGUAAUAAAUGUGAAUAUGUUUUGUGAAAUAAAAUGCACAAGCUGGUCAGACACAAAACCGACUAGUUUCAAGACAGGCAACACCCAGAGGCUGCUAUUCUGGGAAAGACAAUACCCUGCAGGGAAUUGGGAAGCCCACCAUUGACACCAGAGUAAAGAAUAAAUCAAGACUAGAAUCAGUCCUCCGGGGGCAGUGGAAGUGUGAAGCGGGAGAUAUGAUCGGGGAGAACGCCUCUCAUUCAGAGCUUCACCUCCCAUUCCUACACGGGAGGAACGAACUUAACAUUCAUCUUUCCGUGGGGAAACCCCAUUCAGCGGACCAGACGGCAGAGAUGAAUAUGAAGAAACCAAUCCAGAGACAAAAGAAUUGCGGGGAAAUCCUCUGCCGACAGCCAAAUAAAGUGUAUAAAACAGGGGCCCCGAAAAGGGCCAGUGAACAAGGGGGGUUACAGUGCGAUAGAGGCCGUAAUUGAGGUUCACCCAUUGUCGAUCCCAGGCAUUGGUACUGUCCUUCCAAUUGCUGGUUUGCCCAAAUUUUUGUCCUGUAAUUCUUUAAUUAAUAAAAAUUUAUUUUAUUAA